GCCACCGUGCCCAACUAAUUUUUUGUAUUUUUAGUAGAGACGGAGUUUCACCAUGUUGACCAGGAUGGUCUCGAUCUCUUGACCUCGUGAUCCACCUGCCUCGGCCUCCCAAAGUGCUGGGAUUGCAGGCGUGAGCCACCGCGCCCGGCCAGUGUGACUAGUAUUUUAAUAGAGAAUUUGGAAAAAAUGGAGAGGCUUAAGAGAAGAAUAAGGCGAAGAUAGUCUUCUACACUCUUGGACAGAGUUAUAUUAUAAGCUAAGCUCCUUAAGAGAAGAAUAAGGUGAAGAUAGUCUUCUAUACUGUUGGACAGAGGAUGCUCGUUAGGCCAGGCUCUUCAUGCUGAGUUCAAAAAGAACAGCAUCACUCUGCUUUCUGAGUUGCUUGAACAGAUCAUGUGAAGAGGGACAAUCUUUUUUCAAUGUUAGUGAUUAUUUUUACUGUGAAUAUUGUGAACAAAUACCACAGGUACACCUGAAUUUUCCUUGUCACUGUGGCACAGGGCUGGGUGGUAGCCAGUGGAGAAGAGAGAGAAAUCUACACGUAAACUUUACAAAGUAAGAGGUUUUAAUGAUGUAGAAACAAUGUUUCACCCUCUUUUUAAAAAAAUUGUAACAAAUUUAGAGACCCAAGUUUUGAUCAGAUUACAGCAGCUAGUGUAUUUACAGCACUUUAAGUCGGAGGGAGGGGAGAGGAAUAAGACUAAGGUUAUCUGAAGCCUGUUUAGAACAGAAUGUUAUGUUCUGAGAGGUGGAAUAUUAGUUGGUCCUAAGCAAAGUGCUUUCUAAAUUAAGUUAAUUAAGUUCCAUGCCUUUGUCAGGAGAGACUGUUAGUUGCUCAGCAAAGAAACAAGAUGGAAGCCCUACUAAGUUAGUGAACUUGAACUGGUCAUGAAGCAAAGAGGGCUGUGUUAUGCCUUGUGAAUUACAGAUACAAAGUACAAAGGUUUGAUGCCAUUGGACACGAACAGAGUCCAAGUCAGAUUGCAGGGGUGUGGCCAGCCAGAGCCCUGUCCCUGCUUCCCUCUGACUAGUUAGGUCUCUGUGGACCAAUGGUCCUCAAUCUUUUUGGCACCAGGAACCAGUCUCGUGGAACACAAUUUUUCCGUGGAGUCAGCGGUGGGGGAUGGUUUCUGGGUGAAACUGUUCCGCCUCCAAUCAUCAGGCAUUAGUUAGAUUCUCAUAAGAAGCACACAACCUAGAUCCCUUGCAUGCACAGUUCACAAAAGGUUUCGUGCUCCUGUGGAAUCUAAUUUGGCUGCUGGUCUGAUGGGAGAUAGAGCUUAGCCAGCGAUGCUCACUCACCUGCCGCUCACCUCCGGCUGAGAAGCCCAGUUCUCAACAGGCCACAGACUGGUACUGGUCCUCAGCCUGGGGAUUGGGGACCCCUGUGUAGACCACAGAGGGAGUGCCUUUCCAUCCACAUCGGUCAAGCUGGCAUCCAGAUUGGGGAUGCUUGCUGGGAACUCUAUUGCCUGGAACAUGGAAUCCAGCCAGACGGAGUUGUUCUCGACAGUCAACAGAAUCAGCUGGAAAAUGCAAAAAUGGAGCACACAAAUGCAUCUUUCGAUACCUUCUUCCAGGAGAUAAGAGCUGGGAAGCAUGUGCCUAGAGCACUCUUCGUGGACUUGGAGCCAACUGUUAUAGAUGGGAUCCAGACGGGGCAGCACCGUUCACUCUUCCACCCCGAGCAGCUCCUGAGCGGAAAGGAGGAUGCUGCCGGCAACUACGCGCGGGGUCGUUACUCUGUGGGGUCGGAGGUCAUCGACCUUGUGCUGGAGAGGACCCGGAAGCUGGCAAAACAGUGUGGUGAACUUCAGGGAUUUUUGAUUUUCCGAAGCUUUGGAGGGGGCACUGGUUUGGGGUUUACGUCUCUUUUAAUGGAGCGGCUCACAGGAGAAUACAGCAAAAAGACGAAAUUGGAGUUCUCGGUCUACCCAGCCCCCAGGGUCUCCGCUGCCGUGGUGGAGCCCUACAACUCUGUCCUCACCACCCACUCCACCACAGAGCACGCAGACUGUACCUUUAUGGUGGACAAUGAGGCCGUCUACGAUAUAUGCCAUCACAAACUCGGUGUCGAACGCCCCUCUUACGCCAACAUCAAUAGGCUGAUGGUUCAGGCAGUAUCUUCCGUCACUGCCUCCCUCCGGUUUGAAGGGCCCUUGAAUGUGGACCUAAUUGAAUUCCAGACCAACCUAGUACCUUACCCGAGAAUACAUUUCCCCAUCACCACCUUUGCUCCCAUUGUCUCUGCUGACAAAGCCUACCAUGAGCGGUUCUCCGUGCCAGACAUCACCACUGCUUGCUUUGAGUCCUCCAACCAGCUGGUCAAGUGUGACCCUCGGCUUGGGAAGUACAUGGCCUGCUGCCUACUCUACAGAGGGGACGUGGUCCCUAGGGAAGCGAGUGCAGCAAUCGCAGCCAUGAAGGCCAGGCACUCUGUUCAGUUUGUAGAUUGGUGUCCAACGGGUUUCAAGGUGGGCAUCAACAGUCAGCCGCCCACGGUGAUGCCAGGUGGGGACCUGGCCAAAGCCCACCAGGCCCUCUGCAUGCUGAGCAACACCACGGCGAUCGUGGAGGCCUGGGCCCGCCUGGACCACAAGUUUGACCUCAUGUACGCCAAGAGGGCAUUUUUGCACUGGUACAUCAGAGAAGGCAUGGAAGAAGCGGAAUUCUUGGAGGCCAGGGAAGACCUGGCGGCCCUGGAGAGGGAUUACGAGGAAGCGGGGCAGAGUGUCUGAUGCAUGUGUGACGGGUGCAAGGGAACGUCAAGCUCAAACGCCAUGUUUUCUGUUCAAGCUGUUAUAUGCCGAGUGGGUAAUUCCCCUGAUGAGAAGAAAAACGAAAUCAAAUCAGGCAAGACUCUACGUUCCACACGAAAUUAAGUGGGUCAGUACCAACCACGGACGCAUUAUUUCCAGGGCUACUGGUACCAGUCAGCUCUGCUCCCCGGGAGCCUGUGGAAGCUUAGCAUCCUUUGAACUGCUGGGUCACUUCUAGGUGGGGUUUCUUUUUUUGUUUGUUUAACCAAGAGACUAUGAAACCCUGAAGUUUAUGCUUUUCCUUUCUGGUACCUGAAGUAUGAAACAGCACAUGUUGAUUACAAAUGUUUCUUCCCCUAUGUCUAUAUUUUUAUACUGAUUGAAUCAUAAAUAUUGUCAGUAUGAUUCUUUUUCCUCUUUUAAAUAUGUACCCAAAGGGCUCAGUUUGCUUUUUAUGUAAACAAACUAAAGUCUUUCUAAAACUUGAAUUUGGGUGUCCCGCAGGUCGGAGGUGACAGCCCUGUCCCGGAAGUGGUGUUCUCAAAGUUCACCGGCCUAACUGUGCCAGUCACUGCAGAAGUUUAAUAAAAAUGCAGAUUGUUGACUUGCUAAGCUGGAAUCCUGGGGGCUGGAGAGGCUGUGCCCUAAGAAUUUGACAUUCACAAAAACACUCAAUGGAAUUAAUUGUUGGUACUGAAUAGUUCCAUCUGAGAAAAUAAUUUACUCUGGACAAAGCUCUAAAUGCAUUAAAACCACUAGCGAGGUUUUAAGUAACCACAAUGCUUACUUUCACUGAUUCUUGGAAUUAAGGCGACGUAGAUGCUGCAGAGGCGCUGGGUCGGGCUCAGCUGUUGCCCUUGGAUGGAUGGUAGACAAUCCUUGCGAGCCUCGUCUGCCUGCGCUGUUUAACCUGUCAGCCCUCGCCCUCCAGCUGUACUGACUCUUGACUUCAACUGCGCACAGGCUUGUGGCUCAGAUAGACGUCGGAAGGUAGGAGACACUAAAGCCUUGGCUGGAGGCAUAAAGUUGUGUAUCUGUUUUGAGAUUCCUCAAACUACAAGGCUAGUACUUUUUGCUUGUGCACUUGGACUCAAAAACUGACCCUCUCUCUCGUGUGUGUGUGUGUGUGUGUGUGUGUGUGUGUAAGAUCUAUUUUUUAGAGUGUUUACAGGUUCUCAGCAAUAUUGAGUGGAAACUACAACCCUCCAUUUUUGACAGUUCCUUGGGAGAUUCUCUUACAUGCUAAAGUCCCUCCCUGAGAUGUGGCCUUGAGAGUCGUACUCAAACAUUGGACCCUUUUGCCUGCUUUCAGUUGAAAUCAUCCUCACCAUGGAGGUCACGUUUGGUGGAGAUGACAUUUAGCCACUCUUCAGUGCCAGAAGGGUGUUUACCCCAGCACAGACAACUCUCACUGAGGUUUACUCAGUCCCCAGGUCUCUAAGUAUCUGGCUGUGUCCCCUUUGGACUCCACUUCCAAACAUAACUCCAAGGGCUCAACUUCUGCUCACACAAAACCUCAUUCCAGGGUUCUGUUUGGAGCACAGAGCCUGUUAAUCAAGGUGUGCCAGGAUUCCUGGUGUGGCAACAGGGAAAGAAACAUGACUCUCAUUCUCAUGUCUCUGACUUGCUCUGAUCAAACAUGUGGAGGAAAAAUUACUUUUCCCAAACGAGAGGAAUGAUUUGGUCAACAUUAGCGUUUCUUCACUGUAUCCAAUAUAGACUGAUGGUGUCUAUAGCUGGCUCUUCAUUGAAGUGUGAAGAAAACUGUUACUGAGCAAAAGGGCUUGCCGCCUGGCCACCAAGGGUACAGUGUUUUAAUUUCCUGCAGAUGUGAUUCCUACUUUAGAGCCCCAUUUGAGUGCACCUGCUUCAUGGAGCCUUCCAGGAUCUUCCUUGUGUCCUCCCUGAGCUUCCAGAGCCCUGGUCUGUUCCAUCCCAGGGUUUAUGGACAGUGGAGACACCAUGAAAUCUAUCACUGCACUGAAAAUUUGUGGCAAGUACUCAUUGACGAAAAAAAUGUAAUUUGUAUGUCGUGCAUAGUGGCUUACGUUUUUAUUAGGCUUUUACUAAGUAUUUAACAUUUGUUGGCCAGGCGAGUGGCUCACGCUUGGAACCUUAGCAUUUUGGGAGCCCAAGGCAAGAGUAUCACUUAAGUCCAGGAAUUCGAGACCAGCCUGGGCAACAUAGUGAGAACCUGUCUGUGCUUAUAUAUAUAUAUAAAAUAUAUAAUACAAAA